GAUAAAGGCAGCUAUCGUUCAGUCCCGCGAUCCGCGCGUUCUCGAUCAUUGCAUUUAGAAAAAUCAUAUGUUUCUUUAGAACAUUUUGUCCGUUGGUGUUAAUAUAAAAACAAAACAAAAAAAGAAAAAAAAAGAAAAGAAAGGGGGAAAAAAAAAAGAAAGAAAAUUCAACCGCAAAACCUUUCGAAUUCGACGAAGAGAAAAUUUUAAAACGUCCUAAGGAAAUAUUAUCAUACUGAGUCUUUGAACGAUUACGGACGAACGAGUAAGUAAGACUGUAAUAAAAGAAAGAAAGAAAGAAAGAAGGGAAAAGAGUAACGAGAUAAAAGGCAAAAGAAAAGAAGAAAAUAAAGGAAAGAAGAAGAAAGAAAAAAAAAGAAGAAAUAAAAUAACAGAAGAGAAAAUAGGAGAGAGAGCUUAGAAGGAAAACGUUAGAAACGGAGUCAUAGAUAUUUCGUUAGAGGCGAAAGCGAAGAUCGCCAUCUCUCAGACUAUGGAGAACUACACGUCGGAUUCGAGUGAUUCCGAUGCGAACACAAGAACGUUGGAUCUAUCAUACCUGAUGCUAGACUCAUACGUAUUGGAUGAACAUUUUAUAACGGUAAAAUGUCCUGAACAUGUGGACACCAUUUUGGUCCAUCAAAAUCGUAUAAAUGAUCUUCCAUCGAGUAUUAUUCGAUUUACAAAUUUGAAUUCAUUGGACAUAUCUAACUGCGGAUUGAAUCGACUUCCGGAUUUCCUUGGUGAUUGUCCAUUGACAUGUUUAAUCGCAAAACACAAUAAUAUCUCAAACGAUUCCUUGCCAAAAAGCUUUGAGAAUUUACCGGGUCUACGUGAGCUCAAUCUAAGCGGAAAUAGACUACGAGAAUUUCCUGAACAAAUACUCGAUCUAUACAAUUUGAAGUAUCUCUAUCUCGGUGGUAAUCAUAUUACGGAGAUCAACAAGGAUCUAUGGAAGUUGCAACGAUUGCAGGUACUCUCGAUGGGAGGCAACAGAUUGACCGAAGUUCCCUCAACGUUAGGUCAAUUAAAGUCUUUACAAGCAUUGAUACUGUGCGACAAUAUGCUGGAGAGUUUGCCAAGUUCAAUAGCGAAUCUAACGAAUCUCAAAUCGCUAUUACUUCACAAAAAUAGAUUGAAGACACUGCCAACGGAAAUUAUCACGUUGAGAUGUUUGACAGAGCUUUCUCUAAGAGACAAUCCUCUUGUGGUUAGAUUUGUAUCGGACAUGACGCACAAUCCCCCAUCGUUAUUGGAACUGGCUGCACGAAUUAUUAAAACGAACAAUAUGCAAUACGACGAGGAACACAUUCCUAAAAAUCUCGUGGAAUAUUUGAACAGUGGACACCGUUGUGUGAAUCCCAAGUGUAAAGGAGUAUUUUUCAAUAAUCGCGUCGAACACGUUAAGUUCGUCGAUUUUUGCGGAAAGUAUCGUUUGCCAUUGCUCCAAUACCUGUGUAGCAGUAAAUGCAUCGGACCUCGUGAUAGCGAAGAGGAAGUUGUCAGUGGAGCGAUGAUAAGGAAGGUACUCCUUGGCUGAUGAUCAUGGAAAUAAUUUUGGUACAGCAAAUCUCUGGCACUUCGAUUCUUCGUACAAUCUAUUUGUGUCUUAACGUGAAAAAAGAACUAUGAAAAAAUACCGAUCAAUGGUGGACACAUAAAAGAAAAGUUAGUUUAGCAGCAUAUGCCUUUUUUUUUUUUUUUUUUUUUUUACAAUGUUAUUAAUAAAUUACAAACCUAAUUGUAUAGUAUAAGACAUCCCGGAUCAAUUUUGAGCUCAAUUUAAACAAUUUGCUCGUUGCAUGAUCCAUGAUUUUUUUUUUUUUUUAUAAUAACAGAAUUGGAAAUGUCUCUUUUCAAUAUCUAUUGAUUAUUAUUUCUGAGACUUCAAAGAAUAUAUACAGUAUGUUUUUUUUGGAGAUAAAAUUAUUGAUUCUGUAUAAAUACAGAACGAUAAAUAAAAACAGCUGUUCAAAAGUGCCUGGGUUAUACCAUAACCCAAGUGCACAAUUUGAAAUUAUUUUAAAGUGUACACAACUAGGGUUAAAAUAUGAUAGAUGAUAUAUAUAUACCAUAUAUAUAUAUAUAUAUAUAUAUAUAUAUAUAUAUAUAUAUAUAUAUAUAUAUAUAUAUAUAUAUAUAUAUAUAUCUAUGAUUACUAGUCUCGAUGAAUUUUUCGGACUUUUUUAUAAGCUUAUUAUUCUAACUUUCUCCCUCUUUUUUUUCUUUUCUUUAAACUGUCAUGAAAAAUGGAUGGAGGAUAAGAAAAAUUAAGAAAAACUGUUGGUUCAUUUGAUCUUUUUUUUUUUUGUUUUUCUUUUUUCUUAUUUUCUUCUUGUUACUUUUUCUCUUGAACGAGACAAUAUAGUUCUCGAUCGGCACAAAAUUUUUCAACUAUGUGUCUAUGUAUGUGUGCGUCCGUGCGCGCACAUGUGUGUAUGUGUGUGUGUGUUUGCGUGUAUGUGCGCGCGCGAGCGCGUUAUUGAUCGACAUCAUAAACGUGGGUGUUAAUAAUAAUAAUUAGCGCUCGUAUGCUUUUGCAAUGACACGUUCGAAGUAAAUAGCAUCUUUGUCAACAUUAUUGUUAAUAUUUUAUUGUUAAAUAAACCACAAAAAAUGUACAAUAA